UGGCUUGCUUGGAGUUUUCCAAAAGCUUUCGCCUCCAAGGCCAAUGACCACCAACGGUUUCUACCUGAUCAACAGCAUCAUUAGAGUACAUGCCCGCUGAGUCUAUCCGUCAACAGGAAACAGAUCUAGUAUUUUGCUCUUCCAGAGGGCUCCAGGUCCAAAACCACCAAGUUCAUCAAGAGCUUCUUAGUGUUUAUCAACCUGUAUUGUGUCAAAUACGGAGCCAUUGCACUUCAGGAGAUGUUCGACAGCAUCCAGCCAAAGAUGUUUGGUAUGGUGUUGGAGAAAAUAAUUAUCCCAGAGGUUCAGAAGGUGUCUGGACCAGUUGAAAAGAAGAUUUGCGCUGUUGGCAUCACAAAAAUCCUUACUGAAUGUCCGUCAAUGAUGGACACGGAGUACACUAAACUUUGGACCCCUCUGCUCCAGGCUCUCAUUGGUUUCUUUGAGCUGCCAGAAGAUGACAGCAUCCCGGAUGAUGAGCACUUCAUUGACAUUGAAGACACACCAGGCUAUCAGACGGCCUUUUCACAGCUGGCCUUUGCCGGGAAGAAGGAGCACGACCCGAUAGGAGACGCUGUCGGCAACCCCAAGAUCCUGCUGGCCCAGUCGCUCCACAAACUCUCUACUGCCUGUCCGGGAAGGGUUCCCUCAAUGCUGAGCACCAGUCUGAAUGCAGACGCCCUCCAGUUCCUGCAGGGCUACUUACAGGCAGCCACUGUGCAGCUGGUUUGAACCCGAUGUGAUGGGGUUCACUUAAUAAGGAGUACAAUACACUGCAGGAGUAUCCACUGUGACCUCAGGCCACACGACAGAACUGCUUCAGCUGAAUUUGAAUCUUAAUAGAUUUGGUUUGACUGCUUUCUGAUGGUUUUGCCUGAAUUUAGGGUGUUUUCUCAGAUGCAAGCUGUUUUUAAGGGUUUUUAAAGACAUGACCAAAAGUUGACUCGACUGAUUUGCGGUUUUUGCGUUUGAGCCCUUUGUUUGCUGUGUGGCAAAGACUAGCAAGGAUUUGGAUUACAAGUUUCCAUACAAUUGUCAGUUUAUUACAGUAACGGCAGCAGCAGAGGUACACUUCAACAGUAUUGUGGGAAAGCUGAACAUCACAAUCACAUGGGAGGGGUUUAUUUAGCGCUGCUUUUGUAUGAUUGAAUUCCUUUUACAUUUUCGAAAAACUGUAAUCUGUGGCUUAAACAUUACAUAAUAUUUUUCUGUUGCAUGUUACCCAGCCAACUGGUCAUUGUCAAGUCUUCGUUUCCCCACUGUUUGUUAAUGUGAAUAAACAGGCACUUGUAUAGCUCUGCUCUGA